AAAGAAGCCGCUGCCGAUCUCCAGGAAAGAGACGAGGACAAGGAAUGCGCUGCUCUCCUGUCCCAUAGUUCGCAUCUUCUGGUUGAACUCAUGGAUCGUGUUGGCCGUCUGCUUUGGAUGCAGUGCCUGAUGGAGACAAAACUCCGCGUCCGAGACGAGACUCUGGGGCACUGGCGUUCAUUCUUCUCGCAUCAGAUGGAUCUCAUUGAGACCUACAACUGGCUCACAGAAACAGAGUCAGCCGUCAUGACAGAGUCGCAUGCAUCCGCAGGCAUUAACGUUGUGCCUGAAUUAUGA